AAUAGCUGUGAAUGACGUAGUGAGUGACGCAGAAUCCGGAAGUGAGUGUAGACGGAAGAAGAAGAUGGAGGCGGCAGUGUUCAUCCUGUCGCUGGUGGACUGCUGUGCUCUGAUUUUCCUCUCGGUUUACUUCAUCAUCACUCUGUCUGACCUGGAGUGUGAUUACAUCAACGCACGAGCAUGCUGCUCGAAACUCAACAAGUGGGUGAUUCCAGAGAUGGUGGGUCAGUGUCUGUCCACCAUGCUGAUGUUGGUCUCCAUGCACUGGUUCAUCUUCCUGCUGAACCUCCCUGUGUCAGCCUGGAACAUUUACAGGUACCUUAAGGUCCCGAUGGGAAACAUGGGCGUGUUCGACCCCACUGAGAUCCACAACCGGGGUCAGCUCAAGUCCCACAUGAAGGAGGCAAUGAUCAAACUGGGCUACCACCUGCUCUGCUUCUUUAUUUACCUGUACAGUAUGAUCCUGGCUCUUAUAAACGACUAGGCUGGAGGAUCCCUGACCCCCAUCUGCCAAAAUCCAGACUUCUCCUUCAUCUCCUCCUCCUCCUCCUCCUCCUCCUCCUCCUCCUGUGUGCACAGUCUGUCAGAGCAUCAGGUGUUCUCUCUCUCUCUCUCUGGAGUCACUCUCAGAGUUUUUAUCUCUUCAUCACUAAGGUUAAUAUUUAACUCUGAUCCCUUCAGCACGUCUUCAUCGUCUUCAUUGUCUUAAAGAUUCAAUCUAAGCUCAGACUGCAGGAGGCUUUAAUCAGAGCUGUAGGUCAGCUCACUUUGGUCUGAGCCUGGUCACAAACACUGGAGAAGGUUGUGUUUAAACCUUCAGAGCAUGCAGGGCUCUUUGAUUGGCUUUCGGUUAAUGUUUCUGUUCAGCUGUGCCUUUUUGUUCUGGGCCCAGUAAAGUUCAGUAAAGUUGAACUCACAGCUCUCUGGAGGUUUGCUGUCGUAAUUCAGACCAAACAGAAGAGCCCUGAAUCUGAGCCAUUCAGGGUUUCUGACACAGAUUUAACAGAUCCUUGUCUUAACCGUGACCGGAUCGUCUACUCUGAGGUGAUCCUACUUUAAGACUCUCAAUAAUCGACUAAUCGACCUCACUAAAUAGAGGUCGUUGUCACACCGCAGGAGGCAUGAACCCAGCUCCUUCUUUAACACACUGCAGACAGAGCCCCCUCUGCUGGACAAACCACACCAUGACUCCUCUCCUCCUCAGAGCUCUCAGUGACUCUCUGAGGUUUGUUGUCAUGUUGAAGCACUCUUUCCCUCCUCUUCAUCACUGUCAGCUGCUCGGGUGUCACUCCUGCUGCUGCUCCUCAUAGUUUCACUCACAGUGAGUCAAAGUCUGUGAAGGUGCUGAAGGGUGAUUCAAACUCUAAUUGUGAUCCUGCUCUGACCCUCUGUGAGACCUGCAGACCUCCAUCACAUACACACAAACACAAACACAUACACACACUCAUGUAUCUCUUCCUCAGUGUGUGUGCGUACAUAUGUGUGUGUGUAUGUGCGUGUGUGUGCAUGUGUAUGUGUGUGGACGGCAUGAGUGUGUGUGAAUGAUGUUUUAUUUCUGAGAUCAAACCUGCACUGAUGUUUCUGACUGAACACACACUGUGGAUCAGACGAGCAGCAAGAUGUGUGUGUGUGUGUUCAGUCCUGUUUGUGUGCGUGUGUGUGAGGACAGAUAAUCUUGGACACAUAGUUUAUCCUGCUCUGUUUUAAAGGCCUUUUAAUGAACAACAUGUGUCUACGUUCACUCCAGACUCUCGUCAGUGUUCAUGAUUUGAGAUUUAAUGUUUCAUAAAUAAAAUCUAAAGUCUA